AUGGUAGCCCAUUCCGCCUCGGCAGCCCUCAACAUCUCCCUCGCUGUGGCCCAUCUUGGAGGUGGGUCGCAGCCAGGCGCAGUCAACACGGCUCAAGAUGCCACAGCGCGCAUGAGUGCGUGUGUGGAAAAGGAGGGUGCGCAUGCGUGUGUGCGGAAGCUGUUUAGAGACAUGCCGGACCUGUGCGGAUCAUUCUUUGCUUACUUCAUCCAGGUGUGUUGUGAGGUGACAGCUCCUCCUCCUCCUCCUCCUCCUCCUCCUCCUCCUCCUCCUCCUCCUCCUCCUCCUCCUCCACCCACCCACAGUGCUAGUGGAGGGGGACCAGGCCUUCGUCUCCCUCCACUUCAGACACUGCAUGGCCAAACCACUCACCAAGCCAUUCCACUCCCUGCUAUCCCUCUUCACCCCCUCCUCCCCCACCUCCCCUCACUUCCCCCUUCCCCUUUCCUCACUCUCUCCCCCAUCCCCCCCACUGACUGGUUCCGCUCCUUCCACCCCCAGGCCUUCCUCUUCCUGCGGUUCGAGGACUACAUGGCCAACACCCGCCCACACAUCGCCCAAACCCUCGACUUCCUCGGCUUCCCCGCCGCUGACGUGGCCGAGGAGCAGUGGGCAGGGAUCGUCGACCUGGAGCGCGUGGACCAGCGGCCGGAAGGCAUGGCGAGGGAGGAGCUGGAUGGGGUCACACGGGAGUGCCUGGAGGCGUUCUUCACACCUUUCAAUGCAGAUCUGGUGCGGUUGCUGCGUGAUGAGAAGUAUUCGUGGAAGAGAGGGCAGAGGUGA